GACUGUCUGAGGGUAAAAAAAAACAAACAAACAAACAAUAGUCACCGGCUUUAGCUGCAUUUCUAUUCACUAAGCUUGAGUAAACAGGUCAAAAGCACAUACAUUAAUUUAUGGUGUUUGAGACUCCUGUCUCGGGUCUUCUCCUGCCCCAGCCAUUGCCAUGGAUCCAGGCAGCUGGAGCGGCAGUGAGAGUGGCAGCGGCGAGGACAUCGAGAGGAUGAGUGACUCGGCGGAUAAACCCAUGGACAACGACGCCGAAGGCGUGUGGAGCCCUGACAUCGAGCAGAGCUUCCAGGAGGCCCUGGCCAUCUACCCGCCCUGCGGCCGACGCAAGAUCAUCCUGUCUGACGAGGGCAAGAUGUACGGCCGUAAUGAAUUGAUAGCCAGAUACAUCAAACUAAGAACUGGAAAGACAAGAACAAGAAAACAGGUUUCUAGUCACAUCCAGGUUCUUGCCCGACGGAAGUCCAGAGAGCUUCAUGCUAAAUUAAAGGAUCAAAGUGUGAAGGACAAAGCACUGAAGAGCAUGGCCGGCAUGUCUUCUGCUCAGAUUGUCUCAGCCACAACCAUCCACAACAAACUCGGCUUGGCAGGUCUCCCGCAGCCCGGUUUCCCCGGGGCACCAGGGUUUUGGCAGCUGUCGACAGGCCAUCCAGGAUCCUCCCAGGACAUUAAACCGUUCCCACAGCAGGCCUACACUGUGCAGACACCUACGGCUCUGUCAGGUUACGAGCCUGCAGCUGCUCCUGUAUCCAGUCCACCAGCCUGGCAGGGUCGCUCUAUUGGCACAACUAAACUGCGGCUGGUAGAGUUCUCUUCAUUCCAGGAGCUGCAGAGAGACCCAGAAUCUUUCAACAAGCAUCUCUUCGUGCACAUCGGCCAGACGAGCCACUCGUACAGCGAGCCGCUGCUGGAGGCAGUGGACAUCCGUCAGAUCUAUGACAAGUUUCCGGAGAAGAAGGGAGGUCUAAAGGAGCUGUUUGCGAAAGGGCCCCAGAAUGCCUUCUUCCUCGUGAAGUUCUGGGCCGACCUGAACUGCAGCAUCCAGGAGGACUCGGGGGCUUUCUAUGGAGUGACCAGCCAGUACGAGAGUCCUGACAACAUGACCAUCACCUGCUCCACCAAGGUGUGCUCCUUCGGCAAGCAGGUGGUGGAGAAAGUGGAGACGGAGUAUGCGCGCUUUGAAAAUGGACGCUUUGUGUACAAGAUCAGCCGCUCGCCCAUGUGCGAGUACAUGAUCAACUUCAUCCACAAGCUCAAGCACCUGCCUGAGAAAUACAUGAUGAACAGCGUCCUGGAGAACUUCACCAUCCUGCUUGUGGUUUCAAACAGAGAAACCCAGGAAACCCUGCUAUGCAUGGCCUGUGUGUUUGAAGUGUCGAACAGUGAGCACGGUGCCCAGCAUCACAUCUACAGACUGGUCAAAGAAUGAGAUGCCUUUUGAUCUCUCUCUCUCUCUCUCGCUCACGCGCUCUCUCUCUCUCUCUCUCUCUCUCUCUCUCUCUCACCCAAAACCACAACCCUAUGGACACAGCCAUCUCACUGCUGCCCUGCCCAUCAGAGAGAGCCAGUACUCUGUGUCAUGGCUUAAGUGUGUGCUGCUCUCCCGAGGGACUGGGAGGUGGUGCACCUCCAAGUGUCUUUGAACUGACUGAGUGACAGACUCAUCCGUGGCUGUGCCUCUGCGAAACAAACACCCACCCACCCAGCGUGCUUUGGUCACCUCUGGGAGGGAGCUGUUAUAAAUGACUCCAUCUGUUGUAAUGCUUUUUCUUUUUUUGUCUUAAGUGUCCCGUGUUGAAUCUACACGGGUGUGACUGACAUGGUAAAAUGUAGGUACGGUUUUGAUACUUUUUAAUCCCAUUUAACACUGAUUUUCUUUUGGGUUUUUUUAAUUGUCACUGAAGAAUAUUGUUUAUAUAAACAUGUAUUUCAUAGUACAGAAAAAGUGCCCCCAUUGCCACUUGUUCUAAAAGGAAAAUUUAACAAACACUCAUAUUUCUUCCUUUAAAUAUUUUUAGCCAUGUUUAGUGAUUUAUUAAUGAGUGGAAGCAUAAUCUGAAAAAUAUAUGUACUGUUUUAUAGCACACAGAAAUAUGGGUGUCCCAGAGAACUGAAAUACCAGAACACUGAUGUAUUCAGACACACAGAGCAGCUUGAGCAUUUUUAAAUCAGUUUCUUAGUUUGAAAAAGCACAAAGUUUUACUUUUUCUUUCUUUUUUAAUAAGGAAGUCAGGAAUGUUAUUAAUCAUCCCAGCAUGCUUUAGAAACCUCUGUUUCACUGGACACGGUUGUCAUGGGAAAAGCACACUGCUAUAGUGUCAGCUGACCGUGGUGGGUGUGCCUUUUGGCCACUGAUUGCUGGGUCUGGUAGAGGCAGGAGAGGAGCGACGCGUGUGCUCCAGGACUCCUGCAGGACGUGUGGCUGGCUGCUUCCCACCAUGCAACUGCGGGACCCUUGGAAAUUCUCCACAUUUAUCUCAUUCACCCUUUUUCAUAUCAGGUUUUCUCUUUUUUGUUUUAUUGUUCCCCCUUCAAAGCUGUGAACAUUUUCUCUGUGUUACAGUAUCAUAAUUCUGGUUGGAAAUACACACAGCAACAUAGCCAAAGCAAACGAGUCUGUGGUGCCUUAGACUUCAUAAUCUUGGUUUGUUUGUCUCUGCUCUGGGAAAGAAUAUAUAAAGACAUAUAUAAAAUAUCUUGAUUAACAAAAUGGUGACAGAUACGUAAUCUCUUUUUAUCAGGCCAAGUAAUGCACAGUAUGUCAAUAAUAUUGUUUUUUCUGUAGUACACCAAAAAUACUGCAGUGUGUCAGCUGAGCACAGGUCACAGGUCCUGUUACAAACUUGUGCUGCACCAUAAAAGUGCCUUUGGUAUGGGCCUUUCCAACGUACACAAGAGCAACACCACAAUGCCUGAUUCUACACCUAAUGCAUCACAGGUCAGACACAUAAGGGAAAUGUGUCCAGUUGGCCUGACUGGACUGAAACCAAGCAGAAACUGAAUGUAGUGUGGAAAUGGGUUUUCUUUUUCUUUUCUUUCUUUUUUUUUUUUUUUUUUGUAAAGGUAGAAUUUAUUAAAGUAAAAUUUUCAGAACUCUGCUGUCAUGGUGGGAAGGGUUUGUCUGUGGAAACAGGCCGCAGCUGGGUCCUGAUUCACGGUGCUCAUGCACAAAUACCCAUUAACACAACACACUAGAAAGCUGAUAAAAUGCUUCUCUGUCUGCACCAACUACUCUCAAUUGAACAGCAAUCCAAAUGACUCUGAGGUGUAGUAGUAUCUUGUUGGCUGAAGAUUCAGUUAGAGCAGUUCUGUCAUCUGGUUCCCUUAACCUUACAUAAAGACCUUACAUAAAGUAUAUGCUCAAACCUGCCAGUUUGUGAACAGUUCCUUUUAAUCAGUCUUUAAACACAGUCCUCCCUGGUCUCUUUAUUCAGAACUCUUACAGGCUUGAUGGCUUUUCUCAUAGUAAGCCAGUAGGUGAUCUGCAGAUGUGCACACACAUGUGUGGACACACACACAGAGCUCCAGCAGCUUGCCCAGUGUGUAGCAUGUGCCCUGUUUUGCUCUGCACAGUAACACUUGUCUGUGGCAUGUGUGAACGUGAGACAGAACAAGUUGUACUAGGUGGUCAUUGUUACAAAGAAAGAGGGUUGGAAAAGCAGUGCACAACACCCAAGCCAGCACAGCUGCAGAACUUACCGAGGGCACUACUGCUAUUAGGGCACUAACAAAAAACACAAGACUUGGACCGUAACAAAUAUUACUGUUUCACCACACAGGAAAGGAGCUGUUUUGAAGGGGAGAUGUGUCGAUAUUGGUAUUUUGGCAGGUUUCCUCACAUACACCAGAAAGAGGCUUUACCAGACAUCUGCUAUAUCAUGGAUGCCAGCGCGGUUCUCUCAAGUCCUAGUUCCCUGUUUUGUGUUGGUGUGUGUGUACCUGUGUCUGUGGUGUCUUUGCAUUAGGAUGAACAGGGCAUUGGAGUAGGAAUGGGUUGAGGUUCUUGUUUGUUGUUCGGGGGGUAGAUGUAAAAUAAAACUACAGGUGUUGCUUAUGUAUUUUUUUUUUUCCUUUUAAGAUGAGGGGAAGGCACAAAGGGAAAAAAAAAAAAGAAACUUGACGUCUUUGUCUGGUACCACAAAUGGUUAUUUUG